CAUUGUUAUCAUUAUCGUCGUCGUCAUGAACAAUUUUGGGAUCCGACGGCUUUUCGGAGAGACAGAUAGACCUUUGGCCAAGAGGUCGAAAUAUUUACCAUGAUGUUUUCUUUUUCUUUAUGUUUACAGAUAAGAUCGGAUCUUUUUGGUGGUUGGAAACCCAUCCAUUGCAACAUCAACACUGAACAAAGGAUUCUUUAGUGAUGAACAAGAAGCAUCAAGACAAGACAAGACAAGACAAAAUGAAAUGAAAUGAAACUAAAAUUAAACCAAAAAUUUUUAUUGUUUUCCAUUUCAUUCACAUGUCGUGUCUACUCAACACUUCUUUUUCCUUUGUUACAGGCCAUUUUUCACCUAGCCAACUCUUGCUAUGUGGACCUUCCUUUUGGUUCAGAUUCACAUAUAUGAGAAUGGCUGGACCUCGUUAGAAUUAUGCUAUUGAGAAGGACUGUGAAAGACAUUAUCUUAAAGAGGAACCGAUUUGUAGGAACUUUGGCAUCGACAUUGAGAAAAGAAACGAAAUGAAUUGAAAAAGAAAAAGCAGUAAAGAGAAAACAAUAGACUAGUUCGAAUUCUAUUCCAAGCUUAUGCUUCUAUUUGUUUGAAGCGCGGCGAUGUCUUUUUAGAAACGAACUCUUCGUAGCAAGGUCUCUCUCUCUCUGUGUGUUCCCACUUGACCUGACGUUCAAGAUUCUCAUGGUUUCAACAACUUAUCUUUCUGAUUCUUUCUUACGCCCGAAGAGUUUCCCAUCCACAGUUUGAUCUUGCUUAUCGAGAUUUGUAGUAUCAAAUCAAUGAUGUGUAUCGAAGAUCGCACAAACAUAAUCUUCAAACUGUUACGAAUCAAAAGAUGAGUUUGCUUUUAGUUUGGCAAUUAGCUUAUCUUGAAUUUCUUUACAUGUAAACCGAACAAAGUUUAAAAAAAGUCCAAAUUAUUUGUUUCCGGAAUGCUCUUACUUGAUUAUUUGUAUUUAUACAAUAAGCAGCAUCUUUGAUCUUGUACGAAAACGGCAUUGCCAUCUUGAUUUUUGUCGUAUAUGUCUGGACUAUUAGCUUUUUUGGUUGUUUCUAGGUUUCCUUUUGUACGCUAUUGAGACGAUUAUCGUUUCUUCUUCUUUUGCUUCUUACUUUGGAAUUUACUUUUUCUCUUUGUAAUCUAGCUUCGGGCUUCGUAGAAUGCCCUCAUCUUCUUCCGCCUCCUCCUCCUCUACUCAAUGCGUCGAUCCUAAUGAUGGAGCAGGUGUCAAGCGAAAAAGCAGCCAAGACUUAGAUGGCUUACAGAAACGGCCAUUCAUUUGCGAAACGUGUGGAAAGCGUUUCACUCGCCUUGAAAAUCUGACUCGACAUAAACUUUCGCAUGAUGAUACAAAAAAUAUUUAUUGUAAAUAUUGCCAUCAAGCUUGUAAACGAACAGAUCUUCUUAAACGACACAUACAACGACACCAUUCCGACGUUCUUCCAAAACCUACUCCCCAAGUUACGCAUGAAGCACUUCCUACUAAAACCAGUGACCAACAUUCCGAAAAUAUGAAAAUCGUCCUCCCUUCAUUUGAUGCAGUGGAUCUUCCCAAAACGUAUCAUCCCAAUCUACGGCCGUAUUUCACUGUUCUGCCCUUCAUCCCCUCAGACUUCCUUGACCACUACGUCGAAGGUUAUUUUGAAUGGUUUCAUCCCAUUCUCCCCAUUUUACACCGUCCAUCAUUUCGUAUUGAGGGAGUCGCUGCUUCUUUUAUUCGCUCUAUUAGUCUGAUCGGCUGUUACUCUACCGGCAUUGAAAGUGACGCUACCUUGGGCCUUUUGUUUUGGGACAGUGGCUUUCAUCUGCUACAAAUUUACAUCCAAAAUGACGCUGAAAAGAAUGCAACUCUCUGGGUCAUCCAAACUCGCUUUUUGUUUUGUAUUUCCUCUCUCUUUGAAAAGACUUCCUCGUUUGCUAGCAUUGGUCAAUCCUUACUUCGAGAUUUGAUCCACGAUUUUCGAACACAAGGUUGGACCGCUCUUCCUCCCAUUCCAAAAGUCUCUUCUAUAUCGUCUUUCAUAGAGUACGAGUCUAGAAAACGUAUCGUCUUUUCUACAUAUAUCUUGGAAUAUCUACUGGCUGCCUUUUUCAAUCGGAACCCUUCCCUCUCUUUUCAAGAACUUCAAAUGCCCCUUCCGUUUGAUGAAUUCUUUUGGGACUCUGCUACUUCCCUGGAAGAAGAAGAACAGUGGAAACAAACUCCGCCUUCCUUCCAGUCUUGCUUAGGCAAGCUCUCCAAUGGACCCAUUGUUUUCAAGGAAACAAGAAUCACAGGUCUUGCUCUUCUUUGCGCGAUAUAUGAACUCAUCCGUAACGAUGCAAAAAAGGAAUGCAUUGUUGAUGCUUCAAAAUCUUCCAAACAAGUCUACGAAGUUAUGCUUCAACACUUACGCAUGAGUAUGGAGUACUCAAGUAAGAACGAAAAGUUUCUAUUUCUAUUUACGAGUUUAUGGAAUUUAAUAAGAACCUACUUACAUCUUCAUGAUCCCUUGUUGAAAUUGUCAAAGUCCUUCUACGAUUUAAAAACCCCAGUUCACUUUUUUCAGGCAUCAUUAAAAGACGACAGUGUCCACUUUUCUUCUUUUCCUGAUUUUUACACUACAAAUCUCGCGUUAGAAGGUAUUCUUUGGACAUUUGAUCAUGGAUUAGUUAUCUUACAAAAUUCCAACUUUGAUAUACCAAUUGUUCACUUUGCUAUCUUUCGGUUACUUCUUCAAGGCCUGUACCUAUUGAAAGACUGUCGAACCGAAUGUCUUCGUAAUCAUACAAAUACAGCCUUCUUGCGCAAUGAAAUAGCUCUGCGCUUUAGCGGUCGCCAGGUACCUCUGGAUACAUUUCAUGAUAUCAUGAAACUAGCUGCACUCCUCGUGAAGAUUUUAGAUGUCGAAGGAGGAUGGGGAGCUGGUGCAUUACUCUCAGAAACGUUUCAUGUGUCGUAAGGGCAUCCUUUUUCGAUUUUUGUAUACUACUUGUUUAUUUCUUCGUUUUAUUAUUUUAUCCUCCCCGACUAAUUUGUUACCAUUGUAAUUGUAUUUGAAAUGACUGACUCUACUCGCAUAAUUAUAGACUUAAUUCAAUAAAUUAUCGGAAAACACAUUUCUGCGUAAAAGAAAA